GAAAGAUUUCGUUAGUAAAUUGCCGAAACAUUUCUGACGAUUUUUCAUUUGACAAAAAAAGAAUUCACUGUGUUGUUUUGAACAUUUAGAACUGAAAUAUUUUAACCUUGAAAAAAUGGAUCUAAUUAACAAUGAUGAUGAUUUUGAAAAUGAUUCGCUUGAAGAUGAGCAAAUUGUAAAUGAAAUACCGGAAUCACCGAUGAUUGUCGAUGAACAAAAAGAUAAAGAUAAUUUCGGCUUUGAUCUGGUACCGAAACAACAAGAAAUGGUAAAAAAUUCUUUAUUCACAAAUGUAUCCACUCAUCCUGCUCUUCCAACUGGUAUUGUAGUUAUUGAUAAAAAUGGAAAAACUUUAGACAUACGUGAUCGAAUUCGAAUGAAGAACAAAACAUUUGGUCGAAUGAAAUUCAAAGAUUUUAAACAAGCCAAAAAGAAAAUAGAAUCAGAAAAAUCUAUAAACAACCGUUCCAUGUCGGUAAUGCAAAAUAUGAAAAAACUAAAAAAUAAUUUAAGCUUUUUAAUAUCUGAUAUGGAUAAAAUGAGCCCAUCUUCUUCAAGACAAGAGGAAUCGACUUCUGAAAAUUUUCUCAGAGGAAAUGAAACCCAAAUUCCAUCUUCGCGAAUGUUAGCCGAAAAUUCUAUUUCAAUUAAUUCGGAUAAAUUAAAUCAUUCAUCAAAUAGUAGCGAUUCGAUUGAAAGUGAACAAGUAUUCAGCAUCACUUCACCCGAUCAACUCAAUAAUAAUGAAAUCAAUUCAAAUUCAUUCAUUUCACGUUUUUCAAUCAAUGUAAAUGAAUCAAUCUUUGAUUGCAAUAAUGAAUACUGUGACGAUAAUGAUUAUGAUACACAAACUAUCUUGGUCGAUAAAACAAUAGAUAUAAAUCAAUCAUCGUUAAACGAAACAUAUUCAUCGAAUUUUGUGAUAGAUGAAACUAAAAUUAUGGAUCAUGAUUCUUUAGAUUCUUCUUCAUCUUCUAUCCGUGACGAAGGUCCAAUUCCAUCAGCAUCGACAAGCCAAACUGAACAACCAAAAAGUAGUCAAGAGGAUUUUUUUAAUCCACAUGGAUAUCAAAAUGAAGACGAUGAUGUUGGUGAAGUCAAAUUAAAAGUUUUCAAAGAUAAAAAAUCGGCUAAGAUAAAACAAAAAGAAAAUGGAGAAAAUGUUCGAUCACCUAUCGAACGUGAUUAUCAAUGUGAUCGUAUGUUUCGAACGUUGUGUCAUAAUUGCCAAAAUUAUUAUUCAUCACGACAAUUAUCAAUGGCUAAAUUACAAUCAUUAUUGGAUGAUUGUGCAAAACAUCGUGGUUAUCGAUCUGCAUAUCGUUCACCACCACGUUUCUGGGAAAUUGAUUUCAUUGAUGAUAAAAUCGAUUCCAAAGAAGAUAAAAAACAAAGAAAAAAGAAAAGUGAUCAUAAUAAUCGCCAGAAUUCUAAAUGAAUUCAAUUUUAUUUUUUUUGCGCGCUAUCCGAGACAGCGCCCAAAGUUUGUCCAUUGGUGUAUAAAUAGCCACAAUUCUUGUGAAAUUUUUUUUUCAACCAC